UAAACUGUUUCCCACCACUGGCACCUUUUUGAGUCUGCAAGAAAAUCUUCAACAACUACUUUUGAUCACUCAUGGUUCUUUUAUUUGAAGAUCAACUAUUUUUACUGCACUUGCUUUUGUACCCUGGGAACCUUAUAAGGAACAAUGGAUGCCAUUGCCAAGAUCAGUCAAGUUUAUUUUCUUCUGGGUAUUAGCUUUCUCUCCAGAGGAUUUUGUCAGAAUUCUACUUCAUUAAUGGUAAGAUUUCGAAUCCAAGAAGAAGUAGACAAAGGCACAGUUGUUGGGAGGAUUUCUGAUGUACCAGGCUGGACAGAGUACCUGAAUGAAGAAUAUCGGCUCAUUCAGGAACCCAACUCAUUCCCAGUUCAAGUGGGCUUGCAUGAUGGAUCAAUCACAACAACGGGACGUCUAAACAGAGAGGAACUUUGUGUUCGUCAUGGCCACUGCCUGCUAGCUUUUAACAUUCUUGCAACUAAGGCCUUGUCUUUAGUCCACGUGGAAAUAGAAGUUUUGGACAUUAAUGAUAAUGAGCCAAAGUUUCCCAAACCAGAAUUGGAUAUUGAAAUUUCAGAGAGUGCUUCUCUACGCACCCGGAUUCCACUUGAUAGGGCUUGGGAUCCAGACAGUGGGAGCAAUACAGUCAAAGCAUAUACUUUGUCUCCCAAUGAGCAUUUCAUUUUGGAUGUUACUUCCAGUUCUGAUGGCAUUAAACAUCCAGAAUUGGUGGUAGUUAAAGAACUUGACAGAGAAAAGCAAUCAUCUUUUAACCUGUAUGUAGCUGCAUUAGAUGGAGGCCACCCACAAAAAUCUGGCACUAUGCAGGUUCGAAUUAACGUACUGGACUCUAAUGACAACAGCCCUACAUUUGGUGAAAGUUCUGUAAUCCUAGAAGUCUCUGAAGAUACCUCUCCGGGUACAAUUCUUCUUAAUCUAACAGCAACUGAUCCAGACCAAGGCCCAAAUGGGGAGAUAGAAUUCUCUUUUAGUAAGCAUAAUCCUCACCAUGUCCUCAGCAUGUUUAGUAUUGAUCCCAAAUUAGGAGGCAUAGUCCUGAAACUACCCCUUGACCAUGAAACUAGACGGUCGUAUGAACUGGACGUCCAAGCAAAGGAUUUGGGGCCUAAUCCUAUUCCUACUCACUGCAAGGUACUUAUCAAAGUUCUGGAUAUUAAUGACAAUGCACCUGAUUUGCAAGUCACCUGGGCCUCCCAAGAUUCCCAGGAGAUUGUGGUUUCAGAGGCAGUUCCAGUGGGAAGUUUUGUUGCUCUAGUAAUGGCCAACGAUCCAGAUGCAGAUGCAAAUGGGAAGGUACAUUGCCAUCUCUUGCAAGAUCACGGUCAUUUUAGGUUACAGAAAGCCAAUGGUAACAGUUAUAUUUUGGUAACCAAUGCAGUAUUGGACAGAGAGAAAUGUGAAGAAUACAAUUUAACUAUACAGGCACAAGAUCAAGGUGUCCCACCAUUUACUGCCAAAAAAUCCUUAAUAAUUCGUGUUAGUGAUGCCAAUGACAACCCACCUGUGUUUGAAAAGAAUAAUUAUGAAGUCUCCCUUAUUGAAAACAAUCCUCCCCUUACUCAUCUCCUUACAGUUUAUGCCCAGGAUUCUGACCUAGAUGCCAAUUCUGAGGUCACAUAUAGUAUAAUUGACUCUCCUAUCUCAGGAACUUUGAUUUCCAAACUGGUCUCAAUCCACUCGAGGACUGGAGAAAUUUUUGUCCUUCAAACCUUGGAUUAUGAAGAAAUGAGUGAGAUCCAGUUUCUCAUCCAAGCUGAAGACAAUGGUAAUCCCAAAUUAAGCAGUAAUACCUCAGUCAGGGUCUUUUUGAGAGACCAGAAUGACAAUAACCCAAUAAUUGUUCAACCACCACUAAAGAAAGGCCACGCAAGUAUUACUGUUUUAGUGAAUGCAGAGACAGGCUACCUGCUUACCACCAUGGAUAUCACCCAUUCAAAGGAUCUAGGAUUUCAAAUGUCCGACAGCAACAUUUUAGGAAACCCAGAGAUCCUAACAGGCUUGUCUCAUCUCAACAUACAUCAGAUACUUCAAGUGGUAGCCACCGAUGCUGAUUCUGAUCAGAAUGCUAAACUUCACUAUCAUUUGCUAGAUUAUCAUAAAGGGUUGUUUGCCAUGGACAUAAAUCUUGGGCAUAUAUAUGUAAAUGCAAGCAAUGCCAGCUACCUCAUAGGGAGUUCAAUGGAUUUGGAGGUAAUUGUUAAGGACAGCGGUACCCCUCCACUAGAAACCAAAGCUCACUUGCAUAUCAUGUUCAGCAGCCACCUGGACCACUUGAAAAAUUCAGCUACUGGAUCUAGUGGAAGGUUAAGCCUGUCCAUGGUGAUUGUUAUCUGUCUUGCUGUACUGCUGGCUGUGUGUCUUUUAGUUUUGGGUCUCAUUGUGUCUUUUUGCCGUGUGGACAGGAAAGAUAACAGAGCCUACAAUUGCAGGGAAGAAGAGUCUGCUUAUAAACACCAUCCAAGGAGGCCUCAAAGACAGAUUCAGAAGGGAGAUAUCCAUGUAGUCCCUUUGUUGAGAGGUAGACAACAGGUGGAAACACCACCUGAAGGUACCCUGCCAUUUGUAGUAUCAAAUGAAUGCAAAGAAAUUCCAGAGGAGAAUUUCCACAAGAAUCCUUUUCACCUAACACCUACUCUUUACCGUACGCUAAGAAACCAACAUAACCAUGAAGAUCUUAAUGAAGACACACAAGACUUUGAACAAUCUUUCACUUUGCCUCCCUCUGUAUGUCGUACUUUGCAGUACCAGAGGCAGCGAAGUUGCUCUAGAGAGAAUCUUCAUGACUUCCAUAACACUCUCCCUGCCCCUUCAAAAACCCUAAAAAAUCCAGGAAGCCCCCAAGUGGGACUUAUUGGUGAUGCAGUUUCUUCUGAGCCCGUCUUCUACAACGAUGGAGACUUUUCACCAGCCACCUCUCCAACUCUUAGACGCAUGAAGAAUGCGCAGGAAUCAUCCCGUGAACAGAUCCUGCGAAGCCUGGUACGAUUAUCCAUGGUAGCUCUGGCAGAGAAAGAAGCGGUAGAACUUACCCUGCAAUCACCUCAUGUCCAGCAAAUUUCACAACUACUUACUCUGCUCCACAAAGGUCAAGUUCAUCCCAAGACACUUCAUAGAGGGAACAAGUACUCUUCAAAAACCAUUAGAUCUACAGGCCCGGAGACUGACUGGCACAGUACAAAGGACAGCGGGCAUGGUGAAAGCGAGGCAGGUGACUUGGACUCUGAGCCGGGGGCUGAUCUUCCUGCAAGCCACCAAUUACUAGAGGACAGUCUUGAAACACUUCUGAAGCCAUGUGGAGGUCAUGAAGGCCACCUUCUUAGCGAUCUAGAACCAGGAUGGAUAUCACGACUGUCUUUGCCUUUGGCCAACAGCUACAAAGAUAAUAUAUUUACUCCAAACUCCCAAGUUGCACAACAGCCACCAAUAACCGAGGCAGAUAAAGAAGAACUUCGAACCUUCCUGACGUUUGGCAAAGCAUCUGAUGGAUCCCAAGGGAACAGACUUGCAAGCACCUUCCUUUCUGAGAUGAGCUCUCUUUUUGAGAUGCUAUUAAACCAGAAAGCAGAAUCACAUGGUGAUACCGCUUCAGAAGUGCUCAUGAGGCUUUCAGCAUGUAGCAAGACUUUGGGAAUGGAUGGCAGCAAAGAUUACACCAAGAACUAAUUGGGAUCCAAUUAGCGAGCAAGGAUUGUAGACAAGACCUAUCCAACUUUUUGUCAUGUGGGACAAAUGCAAGCUGGACCCAUACUGAAAGAAUAAAGAAGUAUAUAACACAGCUUACAGACUUAUACAGUUGAAUUUCACAUGCAAAUUUACAGAAUGGCCUGCAUUUUAGGACUCCUCAGAGAGAGAUAUAAUCUCACUUGUAUGCAUAGUAGAUGAUUAGAAGUAUACACUCUAUUAUCUUGACAAGCAUGAUUGUGUUGUUAGUUAAAUUAUUACGCCAUUGCUACAAACAUCACGCUGCUAACCUUACCUUUUGAGUAACUGACUCUGUUAUACAGCUUGGAUCCAAAACAUACAAAAAAGAGGUAGUUAAGUAUUUGAUAUUUUUGAAAGGUUGCUUGGAAAUGUCUAUUUGUCAUAGAAAUGGUUUCAUUACGAAAACAAAAAGAUUUUUCAGACCAUGUAGAAAAGCACUUAAAUAUUCCCUUCUGAUAAAGCAUUGUUCAAACGAAGUCUCGUAAAUACCUAGAUGAUUUUCUUACUGUUAUCUGAGUAGCCAACAAAAAAACUUUGCGGCAGACAGUAAACUCAAUAGCUCGAAGACCAAUUUUGAAGUGACAUCCUGCGGAAGAUGUUGGUUAAUGACUUUAUGUUUGUACCCGUUCCAUUAACUUUUACAAAUGAUGCAUCCAUUCAUGACUAAAACAAUAAGUCCGGAUGGCCCCUGUAUUCUUGAUGCCCAGAUAGGGUGACCAGAUGGCUUCCAUGACCCUGGACAAAUAGAAAACUCCAGGGGUGCAUAGACAACACUUUUUAUAGCAUCUAUUCUCAAAAGCACACUUUAGUAGUAGUUACAAGUAUUUUACAUGCACAGACAUAACAUUGCCACACGGAAACCAAACUUUCAUUGCAUGCAAUCCGCUGUACAGAGCUCCGCUUAAGCUUACAGUUGUUCAUAAAACCUAUUCCAUGUGGCGUUUAUAGUAUUUAUUAACCCUGGGAAUAGAAAGGGAAAUGCUGGGUAAUUCGUUAAAAUUCUCAUCACUUCAUCCACUUAUAGCUGAAUGGUGUGAUGGCUAUUGUAUUUAAUGUUACUUAUUAUCUCUCUUGUACUUUUAGUACCAGAUGGGACGUUAUGUGGUCCAGUAGUAAGCAUGUUUAAAUGGUUUGUUUGUUUUUUUAUUAAAAAGAGUUUUUU